UGCAGGACAUUAGCUGAGGUGUUUCUCGCCCUCAGCUAACAUGUACAGAUGAUGAUAUGUCUGAACAUCCUGCUAUUUAACCGGUUUAUGCUAACAUGUGGCCGGAUAGGCCUUCCCUUAACUGGGAUGUCAGUUUCGGAUGAUUUUCGGGAGUUCGAAGAACAGUUACGUCUGCAAAACGCUGAAUGCUCGAAAGAGCGAAGUCGAGUUAGGGUCGAUCCGGAUGGUACAGCAAUGGAGUGGGACGAGGCUCGUCGGGCCUGGUUCCCUAAGAUCGACGAUGAUUUCAUUGCUCGUUAUCAGAUGAGCUACGGUGUGCCGUCUCAAACCACAGGUAUUGUGCAAAGCGGUGCAGCCACAAACAAUCUUCCCAACGAAACUUCUAGCUCCUUGGACUGGUCCACUUUCAAUGCGCGUUUAGCCAAGCUCCGUGAAGAAAAAGGCGAAAAUUCGGAAGAGGUGCAACAUCUUACCAGGGCUGCGCAUGAAGCCUUGACUUCAUAUUACAAUUCUCCGGCAUACCGGGAAUGGUAUGAGAGCUACUGUAAACAGCUUGAUGGAUCAAUGAAUGAAGCAUCUGUCGCAUCCCAACGAACCGUCAGUCUGCAGGGUCCAAAGCCGACGAAGAUAAGACACGACGUCAAGCCUUCCGAACGUGUGCGUUGUGCGCUUGCUGAUGACGGUGGUUUGAACGCUGAGCAGGCGCUGGCUCGCGCGGAGGCAGAACAGCAGGCCGGCGUACCCAUCGCGUCCGAAACCCACGAGGAGGACAACGGCCCCGAUUGUCUGCCUUCCAAUGAGACGGUUAUUGAUGCAGGCGCGGCAAAGGCGGCGAACAAACGCAAAGUGACUGCACCACCUCCCGCGUGGUAUGAGGUGAACGACGAAAAGAACACGCACAUUUAUGUCACCGGUCUUCCUCCGGAUAUAACUGAGGCGGCUUUCUACCAAUUGAUGUCCAAAUAUGGAGUGAUCAUGAACGAACCUUUCACUGACAAGCCGCGCAUCAAAUUGUACAAAGAUGAAUUUGGGAACCCCAAAGGAGACGGUCGGUGUUGCUAUGUGAAGGUGGAAUCCGUAGACCUGGCGUUAAAGUUGCUCGACGGCAUGAUGUAUACUCCGGAACACACAUUACAUGCAGAAAGGGCAAAGUUCCAGCCGAAAGGGGCAUUUGACCCGAAGAAACGCCGCCGCUUAACGUUGAAAGAAAAGAAAAAACUUAAGGAACAACAAGAGAGUUUAUUCCGCUGGGGCAUCGACACUAGCAAAUUCGUUCGGGGCAAGAAGGAACGCGUUAUCGUGUUGAAGAAUGCCUUCGUGGAGGCAGAUUUUUUGCAUGACGUCACUCUCAUUCCCGUCGUUCGUGACAGACUCCGGGCUCAGUGUGCCAAGUGCGGUACGGUGAAGAAGAUUGUGGUCCACGAUGCCAAUCCUCUCGGGGCGGUUACUGUAACGUUCAGUACUCCUGAGGAAGCUGAUACCGCCUUGGGCUUCCUAAAUAAUGCCCUGUUCGAUUAUCCUGGCCCUGGUGGCCCUCGACAACUGGCGGCGGAACGAUGGGAUGGCAAAACAAACUACGCUGUGAAAGAGGAUAAAAAUGUGCAAUUGAGUCGCAUCCACAAGUGGGAAGAAUUUCUUGGGGGUGAAUCAUCGUCUGAUGAAGAUGGUGCAGUGCUAAAGGAAACCGAGACGGAACAAAAACAAUCGAUUACUUCUAUGAACUCAGCACCGGAUUAUUGGGAAACAUCCAGUCAAGAGAGCCCCGUUAGCGGAGCCGAUACUGAGGACGCAGGGGGUGAAAGCGGUGACGAGACACCUUAAAUAUAGUGUAUUUCGAUGUACAGUCACUCAUAUUCGUUCAUCUUGUCAUUCCACAUGCUCACAGAUACGGAUGGUGUGAUCACCAAUAAACCAUCAAUUCCAAUAG